CAAGUCUGGUAAGUCCUUCUAUGAUAUUUCUUUCCUUAACAAAUCUGGCAUCUGCAUCUACUUAUUUAUAAAUCCCAUACAUGGUUUUCUCUCAUUUUAGAGGUAUGUUUCGGUAAAGAAGAAUCAUCUGAGGUGAUAAAGUGCAAAAUGCUGCACCAUUUUUUAGUCCAUGCAGCUUUUCAGACUAGCAGGUGGCUUCCAAAAGAUCAACGCUUAAAAUUUCAGGUUGUUCUUUUCGUCUUCGUGGUGCUUUUCCUGACACCACAGUUUUAUGUUUUGUCAAGGCCAAAAUCGUCUCGCUAUUGUGAAAAGCCGCUGCUGAAUAAUCUCAUAGUGUUCAUUGUGUUCUCGUUUAUAGCAACAGGUUUGUCCAUAGCGAUUACACUCACAGACCCAGUUCCUAAAACCAUCCAGGCAGCGUUUCACACAUUUGGUCUGUUUUCAUUCAUUGAGGGACUCUGUACAGUCAUUUUAACCUUGACUGCACCUCAGUGUGCAAACACCACCACAGAAUUGUACAUAUUUUCAUUGGUAGCCUCUUGGGCCUGCAUAUUCUCAACAGCUUUCUUUCUGGUCAGAGGAGGUCUCUGCCUGGUCCAUAAACUCUUUCCUCAUUGGUUAAGAGAUGCGUGCCUCUGGGACUGAAAAAUGAGCCUCUACUACCUUCAAUGACACUCAAUACAGGUUCAUUUAUUAUUAACAUGCAUUCAGACAGUUGUGAGACUUUGUUCAGUGAAAUAUAAAUAGACUCUAUUCAUUGAUAUCUCUUUUCACUAAUAUUAGCAUACGAUGAAGGAGAGAAAAUGGACAGACUGCAUUUAUUUAAAGAAAACUGAAGCAUUGUGUUUAGGGUCUGAUGAUUUGGGAUGUGUACUUUCCUGAAAUGCAUUUUAACAAUAGAAAAAUAAAUAAAA